CUGGACCUGGUGACGGCGAUCGCCAUCGGUUUGAUCGCGGCGGGGAUGGCCAGCGCGCGGCUGCUGGAGAGGCAGGAGCUGGACAGCGUCGUGUCCGUGCCGCUGCUGGAUCAGAGCUUCCUUUCGACCGGACUGGACGCCAGUGACGCGGACCCGUUCUCCGCCCGGGUGGGCCUGGUCGCGCUGCGGGGGCGAUUCUCGGUGGCGUCGUCGAGCAACCUGGUUAGCACCAUUGGCCAAGACAUCCAGGAGCACGAGGUGGUGAUAUUCGACUUCACCGAGACCGCGUACAUGGACGACAGCGCGGCCAUGGUGGUGGAGCAGAUGAUUGACGUGGCGCUGGACGAGGACACGGAACCGAUUGUGAUGGGGCUUUCCGGCCCCGUGGAGCGGAACCUGCGGGCGCUGAACAUACUGCACCGCGUUCCGGCGGACCGCUUCGUGAGCACGCGGGACGAGGCGCGGGAAGUCGCGGAGAGGAUACUGACCGCGUAA